AAUACAACUGCACAAUCGGCUGAUAUGUCACUAUCGAAUCGAAUUCAUGCGCCAUCAAUUCAAAACUAUUUACCUCAUCUAAAGAAGAAACCGCAAGCCCUAAUACCGUCAUUAAAAAUUGGCAAGAAUAAGUUAGGAGCCACGAUAGUGGUUGGCAUUCCAACAGUUAAAAGAAGCAAAGAAAGCUAUUUGGUUAAGACCUUGGGAUCCCUAUUUAAUAGUAUGUCUGAUGAAGAAAAGGAAAUCACUAUUGUAGUAGUUUUUAUAGCCGAGGUAACAAUAUUACAUUUCUCGGCGUGUUACAUAUUUGUAUUAAGUUCAUUACUUAAUGAUUUAUUGCAAAGGUUUAGCCAAUACAUUGCAUCAGGCCUUUUAGAAAUGAUUGCACCUGCAGCUGACUAUUAUCCAGAUCUUACUCAUCUGCCGUUGACGUUAGGAGACAAUAUACAACGUGUUAGAUGGAGAACUAAACAAAAUUUGGAUUAUGCUUACCUUAUGAUGUACGUUAUGAACAAGGGCGUUUACUACGUUCAGCUAGAAGAUGACGUCAUUUCUGCUCCUAACUGUAUCUCUAAAAUGAAGAAUUUCGCUAUGAAACAACGCAAUCAACAGUGGUUUGUUUUGCUCUUUUCGCAAUUAGGAUUUAUUGGUAAAUUGUUCCGAACUGAAAAUUUAGUUUACAUGGUUAAUUACAUGUUAAUGUUUCAUAAAGACCAACCUUGCGAUUGGCUUCUAGAUCAUAUUUUAUAUUCUAAAGUUUGCUCAAUAGAUAAAUCAAUGCGACACUGUUCUCUUCAGAAACAGAAAUUAUCUAAACGUUUUCGACCUUCACUAUUUCAACACGUCGGAAAGCAUUCCUCGCUAGCUGGUAAAGUUCAGCCAUUGAAGGAUAAAUCAUUUAGGAUGGGUAAUCUGUUUGUGGCUCAUAAUAAUCCUCCAGCUAAAAUAAAAACCACCAUAAAGCAUCAUCAAAGUUAUUCCAUUGAAUUUGCUUAUAAUGGUAAAGGAAUGUUUUGGGGCAUAAAACCUAUUAAAGGAGAUUUCAUAGACAUUCAAUUGCUGAAGCCUGUCGAGUUACGCAGUAUUUGUAUCCUAAGUGGCAAUAGUGAACAUCCAGGUGAUAUUUUGAAUAAUGCCGAAGUACUAGUGUUACAAGACGGGAAAGAAAUUAAAACCGAAAAUUUUGUCAAUAUUGGAAAAUUUAAUCAUGGAAACUUUUAUCACAUCUUCGUUAAAAAUAAUAAAAUGGGAAAGAUAUCGUCAGUCAAGAUUAAUAUUCUUCAGAAUUCGAUGUCGUGGGUUAUAUUCAGAAAAGUAUGUUAUUGUAUGCUGGUAAUUGAUUGA